AUGGAGAAGACUUCAACUAAAGUUCCAAUUGUGGACGUUGAAACAGCUGAGAAAGAAUUUUCAAAGGAUGUUGAUGAAGAAUCUUUACAAGGGGAUUGUGACGCUACGAUGAUGACAGCUUGCUCCGACAUUGAUCAGCCAUUGCUACGGAAAUCAGCCAAAAUAAUAUUAAUCUGGCCAAGACAAAGAAAUCCCUGUUAUUCAGUGGCCUUCAGUUUGUUGUUGCUAUGGCAACUAGUUGGGGCAAUUCUGUACAUGAUUCGUGAUGUUGCUUGUUUCAGCGUCCAAUCCACCGCAUAUCAGUGCAAAAAAGAGGCCGCUUUCCCUUUUUCGGAAGAGCUAACAAUAGUGUGGCUGGCUUCGCUAUGUAUUUUCACCGCUAUCUUCAUAGCUGCUUUACGGAAUGUUCCACAGUUCCUCGGUUACAAGGCAAUUCUAUAUCAGCUCAUGUUUGUUCCUUCAUUCUUGACUCUGGUUCUUCUUCUCACCCUCGCCUUGUGUCGAUACAUCAACUUAUUCAUUUCUAUCGAGUCUUCAUCAUCUCGGGUCAUAAUUUUUUUCUUGAUAGUAAGUUAUAUUCUCAGAACUUUGGCUGUAGGAUUUCUAAAUUACACCAAGUUAAAUUUUUUGAAGCAGAGUGAUCCCAUUUACGUAUUUGUUAUUUAUAAAAUAACGGUCUUCGUAUUUUUCGUUGUUACCCUUAUCAAUCUUAUGGCUACCCUUUUGGCUGUGAGUGUGAAAAUCCACGAGAUGCAUAGAGCAUAUACAGAUAAGAACUCCUUGGAUAUGGAUACUAUAAACACACUUUUGGCAGUUUUUGGCACAACCACUUUUAGAAUUUCCUUAAUGAAUUUCUUUUGGGAAAAGCUUUUCACCGACGACAGGAACAUCCUUUGUAACCACAUUCCUUUGGAGUAAGAAAUGAAAGGAAAAUCACAGGGUACCCACUCUUGUCCCCGAAGCCACUCGUUUUCUCUUAUUUCGAAGGAAUGCUUGUUGAUUGUGUUUCUAAGAUUUACCUCUUGAGCUUAGUGUGCAGAGGGAUAAGGAAACAUGUAUAAAUGAGAUAUAAUCAUACAAAGUAUAGCUGAUUGUAUGAAAGUGAGAGAGAGAUUAAUGUUAUGUGAAGCAUUCGAGAAG